AACAAAAACAGCUGCUAGAAAGAAACACGUGUGGAAUUUAUAUUUAUAUUUAAUUUGCUUAAACGAACCACAAAAUACUAUGAGCGGUAGACUAUUUGGUGGGUCAGACGACGAGGGCGACGAGCUGCAGCUAACGACCAACCAGGACUAUGCCAAGACAUACAACACUCUGCGCAAGAAGGAGCUUCUUCAGAAAUAUAAAGACCGCGGCCUGGAUGUGUCCGAGUCCGAGUUCGACAGUGACAGCGAAUCAUCGGAGGAGGAUGAGGUGGAUCCCCAGUUCGAUCAGGACUUCUUCAAGACACUCUCUUCGCUGAAGAGCAAAGAUCCACGAAUAUACGACAAGGAGACGCGCUUCUUCAACGAGUCCUCCGGGGACGAGGAUGACAAAGACGAGCAAACCAAAAGGAAACGGUCCAACAAAGCCAAGCCGGUCACAUUGAAGGACUACGAACGUAAGGUUAUCCUCGAGCACAAUGGCAAGUUUGAGAGCUCCGAUGACGAGCAACAGCAGAAGGAGGAGGAGGAGAUCGAGCGGGCGCAGUCACCCACUGCGGUGGAGGAAGAGCGACGCCUGAAGGCAGAGUUCAGUAAGGUAAUGAACCAGGAGGACAACGGAGAGGAUGAGGAGUUCGGUGGCAUAUUCAAGAAACGCACAAAGACCAAGGAGCAAACGGAUGCAGAGGAGGCGGAUUUCGCCAAGUGGCUGGCUGGCCAACAGACAGAGAUCGAACAGAAUGACAAAGAGCAGCUGGAACCCCUUAAGGAGUACUGGAGCAGCAACAAGCUGACACAGGGUGAGUGCUUCCUCAGGGACUAUAUCCUCAGCAAGGGGUAUGCAAAAACAGAUGCCUCGGAGAUACCCACCUACGAUGAGAUUGUGGGCGACAAUGCCCCGCUGUCCGAGGACGAGCAGGAACUGGAGAAGCAGGCCGAGUUUGAGCAAAAGUACAAUUUCCGUUUCGAGGAGCCGGAUGCAGAGUUUAUCAAGCGCUAUCCCCGCACCGUAGAGCAAUCGAUUCGACGCACAGACGACAAGCGAAAGGAGAAGCGCAAGGAGGUGAAGGAGCGCAAGGAGCAGGAGAAGCAGCAGAAAAUGAAGGAACUGGAUCUGAUCAAGGACAUGAAGCGCAAGGAAAUAGAGGAGAAAAUUCGAAAACUGAAAGCAGUCACGGGCAACGAUGAGCUGGGAUUCAGGGACGACGAACUGGAGGAGGACUUCGAUCCGGCCGCACACGAUCGUCGCAUGCAAGAGUUGUUUGACGAUGAGUACUACAACGUCGAUGAGGGAGAGGAGAAGCCAGAGUGCCCCUCGGACAUUGACGAAUUGACUCUGGAGGACUGGGACAACUAUGAUCCCAGGAAACAGAGUGAAAGGGAUCAUGACGAUGACGAGCACUGUGAAGAUGAUGAUUUCAACAUGGACUGCGACCACGAUCCCACAACAUCGAAGCAGCAGCUGCAGCAGCAGCUGAUCGAGAGCACACGCGGUCGCAAGGGGCGCAAGGGGCGACGCAAUCGGUUCAUGGAGAUGAUUCAGGCGGAGAAGCCAGCCUUUAAUCCCGAAGAAGAGAAGACCUACGGCGAGUACAUCGACGAGUACUAUCAACUGGACUGCGAGGACAUAGUCGGGGAUCAGCCGUGUCGAUUUAAGUACGUCGAGACCACGCCGAACGACUUCGGCCUGACCAUCGAAGAGAUCUUGCUGGCCAAGAACAAGGAGCUAAACCAGUGGGCCAGUCUCAAAAAGGCAGUGCAGUUCAGGCCAGAGCAUGUGGAGAAAAAGGAGCAACGUUUGUACAAAAUGAAGGCCAAGAACGAAGAUCUCAAGCGAAAGAUAUUCAAGAGUCUGUAUGGAGAGGAAGGCUCUGAUGAUGAGGAUCGGCCAACGGAAGAGAGUCCCCAAAAUGCGGCAGCUGCUGACACGAGCAGUGUUUCUGUUCCAGUCCCAGCUGCUCAAAUCGCCACUGAGGGCCUGUCCAAAUCGAAAAGAAAACGUUUAAAACGCAAGGCUGCAGCAGCUGUUGCAGCGAAUCCCAAACAGAUCGGGCACGAUCAGGAUAAUGAAGCAAAGGAAGCGGAACACGAUGAACCGGCCGCAAAGAAGAGCAAAGAAGUGGGAGAUCAAACAACCAACGGAGCCGAGAAGGAGCAGCAGCAGCAGCAGAAUAAGGCAAAGACAAAUAAGUCUGUUGGCAAAAACCAAAAGCCCCCCAAGUCAGGAGGGGCUACGCCGGCUCAGAACCAGCGUCCAAAAGGGUUAAAAGCGGACAAAACAAAUGGAAAUAACCCAUUCAACAGCAAACAAAAUCCAGCGAUCCCUGCUCGAGCCCAGGCGGCAGUCAGAAAAUUCCAAGGCAAACAGAAGCAAGCGCCGAAUGGCACUCCCUUCCAAGGCAAAGAAAAAAAGGCGCUGAAUGGAUCAUCAGGGGCGAGUUCCUCGCAAGGCAAACAGGAGCAGGCGACCAGAGCCUCAGCUGGUGCGAAUCCAUUUAAAAAAUCAAACCAGAAGACCGGCGAAAGACCAUUCCCAGCAAAGAAGACGAACAACUUCAAAGCGAAAGGCAGGACAGAUGGUGCACAGCCCAGUGGAAUAACCGACGAUCGCCUGAAGGCCUAUGGCAUAAAUCCCAGAAAGUUCCACAAAAGGGAGAAGUACGGUAAAAAGGACAACUAAGGCCAGGCCAGGAUAAGGAUCACAAUAAUAGCAAUAGUAAUACAUUUUGUAGUUACAUCUUAUGUACAUACGAUUCACAUAUUAAAAGACUUGAAACAGA